GGGCAAGUGUAACUCAAGCCUUCACACCAUUUUCCAUUUUCAGCAUUCAUUGGCACAACGUGGUGUGGCUCAAUGGGAAAACAUUCUCUGCUAAACGCAAUUUUGCGUCUUGGGCUUGUUAUCACCUUCUGCUAUGUUGUUACUGCUGCGGCAACAGCUGAAGUUUCAGGGACUGAAGUUAACACAAAUGGGAAUCUUGGAAGUGAAGAGCUGACAAAAACAACCCUAAAUGAACACUAUGAAGACGAAAAGUUCCUUUUUCACCAUCACAAACCACUCUUCAAGAAACCAUUUUUUAAACCGGUUCCAAAACCAAUUCCAUUUGUAAAACCGGUUUACAAGCCUUACCCUAAACCAGUUCCAGUUCCGGUUUACAAGCCUCAUCCUAAACCAGUUCCGGUUUACAAGCCUAAACCAGUUCCAGUUCCUGUUUACAAGCCUCAUCCUAAACCAGUUCCGGUUUACAAGCCUCAUCCAAUUCCGGUUUACAAGCCUCAUCCAAUUCCGGUUUACAAGCCUAAACCAGUUCCAGUUCCGGUUUAUAAGCCAAUUCCAAAGCCGGUUUAUAAGCCAGUUCCAAUUUAUAAGCCAGUUCCAGUGUUCAAACCAGUUCCAACCCCAAUUCCAGUGAUUAAGCCAAUUCCAAAACCGGUACCUUUUUAUAAGCCAAUUCCUGUUUUCAAGCCAGUUCCAACACCAUUUCCAAUUAUCAAACCUGUGCCAAAACCGGUUCCUUUUGUUAAACCUAUUCCUAUUUUUAAACCCAUUCCUAAACCAAUUCCAUUUUUCAAACCUAUUCCAAAACACAUCCCUUGAAAACCAUAGUGAUGAUUUUUUAAGCCUUCAAAAACCCUAGUUAUAAGUUUCCACUUUCACUCCAAAUUUGAGAAACCACACCACAUAAGAUCAUAGAAUCUUUAUUCUGUGAAACCAUACCAUGGUUUAGAAAAUGUUAUCCAUUCUAUUAUUUCCAUUAUGGUCACGCCUGUUCUAAGAAAUCAAUGGCGUUUCUGCAAAAACCCUAUCCCACCCAUGUUGUGCAGUGUGCUAGAAUAUUAUUAUAUGCAGUAAAUGCAAUUGUUUCAAUAAUGUUGUAUAUCAGUUAUGUGUAUUAUUCCAAGAAUAGAAAUAAUAUAUUUCUCUAUUUUUGGCUUAAAUGAUAUUUGUAUCUCCUUUUCAUA